AUUCAGUAAAUGACCACAAUUUUACUGAGAUUAUAUUUUAUCCCAUAUCAUCUCAUCUCAUUUAAUUCAAUUUAAACCCAGUUGAUUAAUAUCUCAAAUUAAUCAUCUUCAUUUCAUUUCACUCCUUAUUAUCAUUUUUCAUAUAUUUAAGAAUAUAAAUUAAAAUAAAUCAUGACUUAAAGCUCUUGGUUACCAGGACAUAAAAUCACUUAAAAAAAAAUUUAAGUGACAAAUGACAAUGCAGUGCAACGAUGUUUUAAUCAUGUUUUGUGGUUUUAAUAGAAAUUAAACAAAUAAGAUAGUAAUUAUAGAUUUUGUACAUAUCAUUGCAAACUGCAAUAUAUAAUCGGGUACUUAGUGCUGUAGAAGGUAUUUUUUACGACAAUGAAGACUGAUAAUACCGCAUGAAACAUAGAUUUUAAUUAAUGUUCCAACUGUAAAUUUUGUAAAAAAUGUCCAAGUGGACCAGUAAGCAUGCAAUUCUUCGUGAUUUGUGCGAAGCCCAAGGCCAGGUACCGGUGGAAAUAGAUCUUACAGUCUCAGCAGAUGAUAAACCGCCCCCUUUAAAUUUGACUGAAGAGACAGAAGAGGAAUUUUUUAGACAUUAUGGAGAUGGGGAUGUUAUUUCCACUCCAGACUUUGGGCUCAUUAAAGAAAUGCUAGAAAAGGUUAGUGAAGUCAACCUCCACUCUGAUGAAUGUGUUGAAAGUGCACCUGAUGAACUGAAAGACAGUCCCAGGACCUUUGAAGCAACCCCAUGUGCUGAAAACACAGAAACACCGAUUGAAAAGAAGAAGAAAAACAAAAGAAAAGAACGUAAUGUAGCCAUUGAAUCAAUAUUUAAAAUGGAAAAUCAAGAAAAUGCUUUAUUAAAGUUUGAAAGUGCCAAUGAUUUUCCAAAGCUACUUAAACCAAAUGAUUUUAUCUCUGAUGAUGUAAAUAACACUGAAAGUAAUAUACUAAGGUCGGUUAGAGAGGUCCCGCAAGAAAAAGAUUCUAUAAACACUAAACCAAGUAGUAGCAAACAGGCUGUAUCACCAUUUAACUCUCCAAAAGUCAACUUAGAAGCAGUGCCUAUGUUCAAAAAGAAGAGUCCUUCACACAAACCAGUUGAUGCUGUAGAAAAUCUAGUUAGUAAAGCAAGAUGUAAAGCAAGAAGCCAGGACCAUGGUAUAUACAGACCUUCGCAGAUGGCAGAUGAAUAUUAUAAAGAGUAUUUAGAAAGAGUGAAAUUGAAAGAGACCAUCCAUGAAGAUAUUUGGUCUAGAGCUGAGAGACAGAUGAAAGAAAUUGAAUCUAAAAAGAAACUAGCAGCAUCUUCAUCAUAUGCAGCUACUGAAAGUGCAAAAUUAAAUGAAAAUGAAGGUGCUGCCAUGUGAGCUAUGUGGGGAAUAGCACCUUGAAUAAAAACUACUACUAAUUGUCUAUAAAGGAUUUUCAAUACAAUAGAAUAAGCUGUCAGGUCGACAUAAACUGUGUAGUGGAUGAUAUUUUAUGUGAAGGAAUCAAAAAUAGUAAAUGGUGAUGAGUUGCUGUUUUUCAUGUGGGUGUUAAGUUUUGAGAAUAAUCAUGUUCUAUGAACUAGUUGUUGCCGGAGCUAGAGGAUGUAAUGUACAACGCACUGCCAAGCUGGUGCCCACUGCUGAAAUCUUCAAAUCUUAUUUGUAGAAGUACAGACUGCAGUGCUCAGGAACACUGGAUUGUUCAAAAUAGUGUUGAUACAGCUGUUAGCAGUGUAGGAUGGCCUGAUGGGUUGACGUUUCAGAAUCUUAGAUAAGCCUCUAAGGCAGUCUCGGCCCGGCGUGCUUACGUUGCGAGUCCGGUUUCAGUGUUGACCGCGUGACCCCCCUUACAUUGCCCGGGUACUGAUCUCGGGCGACGAUUGGACGCUUGGGUGACAGACAGUACAGAGGAGUACUUUAAUAUGUUUUUCUUUUGUCGUAUAACUCUUGUCAGAGCGGUCGUUGUCUUCAGUCGGUAUCAUUGCUGUCCCUCAAGAGCAAUCGCCACUUUUCCUGGUUUGUGGUGAGCCUGCUACACUCAGCAAAUAACCGCCUUGGCUUGGUCGGUCCAUCGCAAGGGCAACCUUCCACGUGGUCUGGUGCCUUCUACUUUGCCCUUAACGACAAGGCGCUCUAUGGAGUCAUUUCCUCGCCGAAAGAUAUGCCCAAAAAAUGAUAGUAUGUACCCAUGCAUGAGCGCCGAAAGACGCUGCUUAAUGCCGAGUUCUUGAAGAUGGUAAUAUUGGUGCGAAGUUCGGUAAUCUAAUUAAUGUAAGUCUUUGAUGGGUAGGGCGCUAAAAACAUCCUUAGGCCCACUGUCUGCUUCCAUCAUUUGCAGACAGUGGAGUCUCACAUAUCGCGCGCGCUCCGUACACACUCCCUAGACUUUUGAGGAGGUUCGGCCCCAACCCAAGAAAUACUGUUGGUAGUAUCGGGAAGGUUUUGUAAGGCAAGGUAACAAGGCAUCAGUGUACGGCAGGCGGUGCAAUGACUUCGCAAUUAUUAUUAGCGCUAUUAAUAAGUAUGUAUUUUCCAGCUCUCGAUGUUGUAAGACUGCCCCAUCACCGGCACGAGUUGCCGGGAGACUGCGUCGUGUGUCAACUAAUGACCGAGCGCGGCUAUGACUAUAGCUCUAUAGAAUAAUACGUAUAACAAUAAGAAAGUGUCCUAAAAUAUCUUUAAUUACUUUUUGGUCUGUAAUAUUUUAGCGCGUACUCGAGGAACUGCGCGCGCAAUGUUAUACAUAAAUUUUUGAACGUUAUUUGUAUUGUGUAUUGAUAGAUAACAAAGAUGGGGCCUGACCUCAUGUCUCAAGGUGGGUGGCAACAUUCACUUGGUGAUGUUAGUGGGCCCCUAAGGCACGUUAGUGCCUCAAUGACUGCUCAAAACCAGUGAUACUGGCAUGAAAAUUUAUGGAACGUAUAUAUAUAGAAUCGGUUAUAAACUGAUAUUCCUAUCAUUAUUAGAUUAGCUUAAGGUUUUGUCGAUCCUUCGUUACCUUCGUUACAAUAAAAUAAAGGGAUAUUAAUUCGUAAAAUUAAUCUUAAUUAAGGUCGAUAAAAAUCUUUGUACAGUCUUUGAUGGCUGGAAUGAAUUUAUUCUAUUAAAAAUCAGGAGUAUAACUCCUUGGAGAUCUGCUCGAUAUCUUACUAGACCAGUCACGUGUCGGGCCCUUGCGAAAUCUAAGGGCGGGUGAGGGAACUGGCCGACUGACCAUUUCCUUUUCUGCCAUUGAUGAACAGGUGAUAGCUACCGCGGGUCAACGCGACGUGAGGUUGAUGUCGUAAUCGGAAUGACGAUCGCAACAUCAAAAGGGAACGCAUGACCCUGUCCAAUCUAAUGAGAACCAACUUUUAAAGUUAUAGUUUGACGGUAUUUUAAGUUGAAAAUGUGAUCUGUAAUGUAGUAUUGAGAUUAAUGAAGGCCCUAAAAUAUUUAAAAUAUUUCAGUGUAACUGAAUGUCGCGUUAGAAGUGUCCAUUAGUGCAGUCUCGACUUUAACUCCAGUUUGUAUUUAUCAACUGACAAUGACAUUGACAUUGAAAGUGUGUCAACGACUGUUUAUUAUAGUACCUAGUUUAUAGGUUAUUACCGUUAUUUAGAUUAUUCAAUUACGUCAUAUCCCGCUAAUGUAAUGUAACAUUUAUUAUAAAAAAAACUUAUAACGUGAACAAAUGUACCACAGUUUUAAACAUUUGAAAAUUUAGACUAGGACAUUUUAUUUAUUUGUAACGAGAAUAAAGUAUUUUUUUUA